AUGGCUGACACUAGGGAAGCAACGUUUUGUCCACCGCAGCGGGUUCAGAACAUGCGGGAACUCACCGAAGAGGGCAAACUCAUGUUCAGGAAGGAAGUUAUGCUUCCAGCAAUAAUCAUUCCUGCAAAUCACAUCAAUCGACUGGUAGGCAGUAAGAUUAUUUUCGAUCGAACAAUUAAACGACUCUCGAACCGUAUUAAGCCCAUAGCCGAUGUUCCAUCGACUUCAAGCAAAUGUAUCCUGUUCGAUCCGGGUCUUGUCAAUGAGGAAACGUGUCGUGCAGAAAUUUUGAAGAAUAUUUCACAGCUCACUGAUCUAUCUUCAGUGCAGUUCGAGCAACGGAAUUUGACUAUUGAAUAUGAGGACUGGACAGCAAAACAGUGCAUUAACGCCAUACUACCAAAUGGUUUAUUGUUCAGUGGUUUUUCUCAAGUUGGCCAUAUUGUGCACGUGAACUUACGUGAAGAACUUUUGCCGUAUAAGUUGGCGAUCGGAAAAAUUCUGUUGGAGAAGACGAAUAAUUGCAGGACUGUCGUUAAUAAGUUGGAGUCGAUCGAAAAUGAAUAUCGAGUUUUUGAGUUGGAUCUACUCGCCGGUGAGCCUGAUUAUGAGGCAGAGGUACGUGAAGGUGGAAUCCGAUACAAGCUGGAUUUCAGUAAGGUUUUCUGGAAUAGUCGUCUGAGCAGUGAACAUGAUCGUAUCGUACGACAGUUCAAUCAAUUUUCGGCAGUUUUCGAUUGUUGUGCCGGUGUAGGACCAUUCGUAUUGCCUGCUGCGAAACGAGGUGCACCGCUGAUUUUGGCCAAUGAUCUCAAUCCAGAGAGUGUGAAAUGGUUGAAGACAAAUAUCGAACUCAAUAAAUCAAAGACGUCUAAAAAUGAAAUCCAAGUAUUCUGCAUGGAUGCUUGCGACUUCAUAAGUACAGUGGUUGCGCAGAGAAUCGCUGAGGAAGCCGAAAGGUACAAACGAACAAAUGAAAGUACUCAGGAGAACGACGAAAAGAGUAAUCACCAGAAAGCGGAAAUUCGCGAAGUUCAUUUGUUAAUGAAUCUACCGGCAAUGUCGCUGACGUUUUUGCCACAAUUUCGAGGUCUUCUCACUGGUUUACGGCCAGACGAGAAACUUCCCUUCUCAGUGUUAAUUCAUUGUCAUCUGUUUGUUAAAGCACACCAAGAUGAAGAGGAAUCGUGGUAUGCAGAAGAAGCAAAGAGACUGGUGGCCGAUAGUUUAGGUUGUCCCGAAAUGAGAUUCAAAAAUGUUCAUUUCGUUCGAAAAGUGGCUGGCCGAAAGGAAAUGUAUUGUGUUUCAUUUGAACUAUCAAAUGAAUUGUUAUUCAAAGAAGUGGUAGAUGGAAACCGAACUUCUGAAACUUGCGAGGAGCGUGGAGAUAGUCGAGGUGAUUCUGAUUCGAAGAAGUUAAAUGAUAUAAUCAAAACUGAUGACCUAUCACCACCACAGAAGAUGGCGAAACUUCAGACUGAAGGCGAGAAUUCAUGA